GCGCAUGCGUUUCAAUUUUAUUCUGAGCACCUCUCCCUCCCAGUAAUAUCCUCCCGGCUUUCAACAAGGCGGAACAGAUGAGAUAAAUUCAAAUAAUAACACUCUUGUACAUAUAUAUCAUAUGCAUAUAUUCCACCGGUAAAGUAUGGCGGGAAAUUUCGGCCGAAUUACCGUCGGUAUUUACGUGGAGAUUAAAAGGAGUGAUGGGCGAAUACACCAAGCGAUGGUCACCUCCCUGAAUGAGGAGAACGACAGUGUCACCGUGGAGUGGAUCGAGAACGGAGACACCAAAGGGAAAGAGAUUGACCUGGAGAGCAUCUUCUCUCUCAAUCCAGACGUGGCCCCUGAGGAAGAGGUCAUCCUGAGCCCGGUGACUCCUCCUCCCCCCACAGCCAGCGCCACCAAGGUCAACAAGAUACCAAAGAACCGACGAACCAUCGCACCUGUAAAAAAUGAAGUCCCGUCCAGAGACAACAGAGUUGGCUCCACCCGUGCCCGGCCUGCCCAGCAGCAGUACCAGCAGCAGCCUGAGCCAGCCGUGCCUCCCCCAACCUCGCAGCCAGCCCAGCCCACCCAGAGCCAGACCGCCCAGCAGCUACAGAACGCGAGGAGGAAGUCGAACUGCGUAAAGGAAGUGGAGAAGCUGCAGGAGAAAAGAGAGAGACGACGACUGCAGCAGCAGGAGCUGAGAGAGAAGCGAGCGCAGGAAGUUGACACCACUGUUCCAAACUAUGAGAUUCUGCAGAUGAUCAGAGAGUUCCGAGCUAGCCUGGACUACAGGCCUUUAACCACUUCUGAUCUGAUUGAGGAGCAUCGAAUAUGCGUAUGUGUCAGGAAACGUCCUCUGAACAAAAAAGAGCUCACAGUGAAGGACUUGGAUGUGAUCACCAUCCCCAGCAAAGAUGUCGUCAUGGUCCACGAACCUAAGCAGAAAGUUGAUCUGACGCGAUACCUGGAGAACCAGACGUUCCGUUUUGACUAUGCCUUUGAUGAAAGUACAACAAAUGAAAUGGUUUAUAGAUUUACGGCCAGGCCGCUAGUGGAGACCAUAUUUGAACGGGGGAUGGCGACCUGUUUUGCCUAUGGACAAACAGGAAGUGGGAAAACCCAUACCAUGGGGGGAGACUUUUCAGGAAAGAACCAGGAUUGCUCGAAGGGAGUCUAUGCUUUAGCAGCUCGGGAUGUAUUUCUAAUGCUGAAGAAACCCAUCUACAAGAAGCUGGACCUUCAAGUAUACGCAACCUUCUUUGAGAUCUACAGUGGAAAGGUGUUUGACCUGUUGAACCGCAAGGCGAAGCUGCGCGUGCUGGAAGACGGCAAGCAGCAGGUGCAGGUGGUGGGGCUGCAGGAGCGCGAGGUGCGCUGUACAGAGGACGUCCUCAAGCUCAUCGAGGUCGGCAACAGCUGCAGGACAUCAGGCCAGACGUCUGCCAAUGCCCACUCGUCCCGCAGUCACGCCGUCUUCCAGAUCAUUCUGCGCCGGAAAGGCAAGAUGCACGGGAAGUUCUCCCUCAUUGACUUGGCGGGGAACGAGCGCGGGGCAGACACCUCGAGCGCUGACCGCCAGACACGCUUGGAGGGAGCCGAGAUCAACAAGAGCCUGCUUGCACUGAAGGAAUGUAUUAGGGCCCUGGGACGCAACAAACCGCACACGCCUUUCAGAGCCAGCAAACUCACCCAGGUGCUCCGAGACUCUUUCAUCGGAGAGAACUCCAGGACAUGCAUGAUUGCAACCAUCUCUCCUGGUAUGGCCUCCUGUGAAAACACCUUGAACACGCUACGCUAUGCCAACAGAGUGAAGGAGUUUGGGAUCUGUCCCUCGGACAUCCCCUUCUCCCAGGGCGGAGGAAAUCGCUCUGAGCUCUCUCCCGCCCAUGAGGUGAAGGAGCUGACCGUGGACCCCAGCGCGGUGGUGGAGAGCAGCAGCCGGCCCAACAUCCACGCCGUCAGCCAGCUGGACCUGAUGGACGAGGAGUGGGACAUCAGCAACUCCCCGCAGAGGGACGACCUCAAGCUGCUCUGUGAGCAAAAUGAGGAGGAAGUAUCCCCUCAGCUCUUCACCUUCCAUGAGGCCGUGUCCCAGAUGGUGGAGAUGGAGGAGCAGGUGCUGGAGGACCACAGGGCCGUCUUCCAGGAGUCCAUCCGGUGGCUGGAGGAGGAAAAGGUUCUGAUGGACAUGACGGAGGAGGUGGAUUAUGAUGCAGACGCCUACUCCUCCCAACUGGAGCAGAUUCUGGACCAACGAAUUGAUAUCUUAGUUGAACUUAGAGAUAAAGUGAGGUCAUUCCGCUCUGCACUCCAGGAAGAGGAACAAGCCAGUAAGCAGAUCAAUCCCAAGAGACCUCGUGCCCUGUAGUCGGUGGAAAGGCUCUCUGUGUUCAUUUAUGUGCGCAUUUUACUGCACAUUUUAAUGCAACGGAGCGUGUCACUAGAUGAUUAGGCCCGACCCCGCAGAGUUCAGAUUAUGUUGAGACAAAAAAAAAAAGAGGAGCCAUGAUCCUUUCAGCGUCUUCGCAGUUUCUUCUUUGUUUUUACCAAUAGACAGUCAGUGUUCAUCGUCUACAUUCAUGUGACCAUUCGGAGGAGUUGGGUGGACAGAAAGAACGGACACGGUAGUCAUGAAAUGUGAAGGACUUCCUUGUAUGUGCAGGAUCAUGAUGGUUGUCAGAAGUUUUAUUUUAUUAUUCUAGUUUCUUUGUUGUUUUAUUUAUUUCUUUUUAAUGUUUUUUUUUUUUCUUUGUAUGGAUGCUUACUUGGUUCAGUGGAUACCUCCCCCCUAUAUUUUAUUUAGCGUAGUUGUUUUUAAGUUUUUCCUCCCGAGAUGAAGUUGUUCUGAAGAUCAGUUUUUUAGCAGGCUUUAAUCACUGAUAACCAUGUUCUACAGGCAUCACACGGAAUGUUCGCUUUCACGGUUUCUUUUGAGCUCCUGUGUUCUCUCACUACAGUAAUUCUGUUUUCUUGUUGUACGUCAGUGGGCAGGUUAGUAAUGCUGCUUUCUGUUGAAGAGAAUGAGUUGCAAUUAAGAUGCACUUUUCAUUGUUUACCUUGUUAGUUACCUUGUUAUACUCCACGUCUCCUAUGACUCUACGUCUAGUGUUUGGUUUUUGUGCCAUAUCAAACCAUGAGGUGGCUAACAACUACUACUUCCUUACAUGUAGUACUGAUGAUCAUGAAUAUCACACCACUAAACGCUUUGUAUAAAAGAAAAACAAACAAAACAUGAGUAAAAUUAGGGCCGAACUAUUCUACAUUACUGAUGUUUUCAGCAUUUACACCAAAUGUUUUGGUGGCUAAAUAAAGACUGAUUUGACAUGA